CUGUUCCACUACCUCUGGAGCAAGAACCAUGCCAAGAAGUCGUGUCCUCUUGUCAACAUUCCAGACACCAUUGUGUACAAGUACAGGCAGCCAGCCUACUGGUAUUUCACCUCCAGGGAUCCAGCUGCCGGCAUCAAGAUGAAGAACAAAAGCAACCUGGGCAACAUCAAGGUAGAAGAAGCUCUGAGCAGCAAGCCCGGACACUCGAGCUGUGAGAUCGUUGCAUACUACAUCUGCAGCGUCAACAGCGUGACUGGAUGCAAGACAACCAUCGAGCACUUCGACUAUGACGGUCUGAGGGAGUUUCUCUACAACUACGACAAAGAGAACAAUGGCAUACUUCAGCGGUUUGUGGACAGUAAGGGAGGAAGCAACGCUCUGUAUCGAGCCAUCUGGUCUCCGAAUGUGUUCCAUGUCGAGAGGAGAACCAACAAGAUCGAGCUGUCUGACAGGAAGCACAAUUUGCACAACCGGGUUGUAACGUUCGAGGGCGACGAGCACUAUUCAAAUACUUUGACUGUUACCGACACCAUGCUCGGAUCUCAGAUCCAACGGAUCUGCGAGAGCAUCGUAACUCAC